UUCUGUGAUUCUGUCCCGUCUCGCAGCCUGGGCUCUGCUGCCGGUUUCUUUUGUUAAUUUUAUAGUUGUUGCCCGGCGAGCUCGUGGCGAUUUUCUUGGGAAGCAAUAACCAGAAGUUGGUGAGAAUUCUAUUCCCCUGUAUCAGACAGACAGACAGCGAGAGAGAGAAACACCAAGCGAUCGAGCACAGAGCUGCAGGGGAUCGAUCGAUCGGUGGUGGCUGGUGCCCGAUGGUAGCUUUUAACAGGGACAAGCUUCCUCCUGCCCUCUUUUUCUCUUUGUUCCCUUCUCAGGCCGCUUUGUUCCUUCGCCUCGCCUGCCCAACCUCUCCCUCUCUUUUCCUCCCCCUCUCUCUCUCUUCUUUUACGUGCCCUGUCAUUCCUCCGGAGAUCAGCCUUAGCCUUGCCUCAUAUGGGGGCGAGCAAAGCGUAGGACGGCAGCGGAGAAGAAGAGGCUUUCGAUCUCUCCCUCUCUCUCCUUCUCAAGUACGUACUACUCCCUGUAAAACGGGGGAGGUGGUGAGAGGGAGGAGAGAGGACGAGAUCGAUCGAUGAUGACAUGGAGCAACAGCUUCAACCACGUGCGCGCCGUGGAGAACAACCUGGCCACCGCCGCGGCGGUUGCCGCAGCCAAGAAGCAGCAGCAGGCGUCCUCCCACGUCAACCUCAUCAGGACGUGCCCCUCCUGCGGCCACCGCGCGCAGUAUGAGCAGGUGCAGGCGGCGGCGACGAUCCAGGACCUGCCUGGGCUGCCGGCCGGUGUGAAGUUCGAUCCGACGGACCAGGAGCUGCUGGAGCACCUGGAGGGGAAGGCGAGGCCGGACGCCCGGAAACUCCACCCGCUCAUCGACGAGUUCAUCCCCACCAUCGAGGGCGAGAACGGCAUCUGCUACACCCACCCGGAGAGGCUUCCUGGAGUUGGAAAGGACGGUCUCAUUCGGCACUUCUUCCACCGCCCGUCGAAGGCGUACACGACCGGGAAUCGGAAGCGGCGGAAGGUGCACACCGACGAGCAAGGCGGGGAGACGCGGUGGCACAAGACGGGCAAGACCCGCCCCGUGUUCACCAACGGCAAGCUCAAGGGCUACAAGAAGAUCCUGGUCCUCUACACCAACUACGGCAAGCAGCGCAAGCCGGAGAAGACCAACUGGGUGAUGCACCAGUACCACCUGGGCUCUGACGAGGAGGAGAAGGACGGCGAGCUCGUCGUGUCCAAGGUGUUCUACCAGACGCAGCCGAGGCAGUGCGGCAGCGGGUCGGCGACAACGGCCAAGGACGCCAUCCCACUCGCGGCUAGCGCGGCGACUGAUCACCACCAACACGACGGUAACAACAGCAUGCUGAAGGAAGCAAGCAUCGUAGAUUUCUACACCCCGGCGACGCUAAUCGGGUACACCCAGGCUGCUCCUAAUAACAGGGCGGCUGCUUCUGCUCACCUGAUGCCUAACUUCGAGAUGCACACAAGAGGGCCGGCUGGCUUUGGUCCCUGACCAUGGAUUGCAAAGCAAGUAAAACAAAGCAAUUAAAUCUACUUGACUGAUCGAUAUAGGUUAGAAGAGACAACCGAAAAUGGCGCCGGCAUGCAUGGCAUAAUUUACUACAAGAGUUCACUAAACGGUAUUACUGGACAGUAAGAGGAGUGGUACGAUGUUGAGCGAGCGUGGCUGCACAUACAGAUCAUGAAGAGUAGGGAUCGAUACUGUUACAUUGUUCAUUUAAUUGUUACACGUACACAUAACUUGACAUUCUCAUUUUUUUUUGUUUAUUGGUCUGUUGUUCCAUAAUAAGAAUGGUGGAGUUUAAUAUUGUAUAUUAGUUCUUAA